AUGGGUCCCAUUGGCGCCGGAAAAAGCACUUUUGUUGAUCGCGCGGUUGGAAGACCUACUGUAACUGCCGGUCAUGAUUUGAUGUCGUAUACAAAGGAAAUUCGCCCGGUUCGAUAUCCUCAUUCCGAUGGCAUCCGCAACAUUGUUUUAGUUGAUACUCCUGGGUUCGACGAUACGUUCAUGACAGAUGCCCAGAUUCUUAGGGAAAUUGCACAUUGGUUAAAUACAGCCUACAAAAAGAACCUCAAACUGAGCGGCGUGUUGUAUUUGCACCGAAUUUCAGACAAUAGGGUUUCAGGAACACCGUUAAGGAACUACAAUAUGUUCAAGGAACUAUGUGGAAAGGAGAACUUUAAGAAUAUCGUCCUCGUUACAACGAUGUGGGAUGAAGUAACUGAAGAGGUUGGCUCAGCACGCGAAAGCGAACUGCGGUCCGACUUCUGGCAGUCCAUGAUCAACUUGGGAUCAACUAUUCAUCGCUUCGACGGGACAAUGGAGUCUUCCUGGAAAAUUAUUAGUUGCCUUUCCGUGGCGCCACCACUUCAGCGCCGUCCACUUCAAAUCCAGCGAGAAAUGGUUGAUAAACAUGUGCCACUUCAUAGGACAGCGGCAGGAAAAGCCGUCACGGCGACUUUCACUGACCUGAUGUCGGGUGUCAAGGGAGUUUUCAAGCGGCUCAAGAAUAGUACAAAGAGGUCUCGUAGCCGGGUUCCACCGGAUAGCAAGCGUCUUCUCCAAAGAACUUCGUUGCUUUCGAGAAGUUCAUUUUCUACCUCCUCCGAUACCUCCUCCAAUAGUCGGUCUGUUGGAUCGGGCAUCAUAAGCCUUAGCAGUUCUGGAACUUGCAGCACAGAGGGCUACCGGGGUGGUUUGGUUCGGGUAAUUCCUCUUCUGCAAGCUGCUCUUGGCGUGGCAGAACUUGUUCGUAUACCUCAUCUCAAGGACGUGAUUUCUCCAUCUCUCAGCAUUGCUCUGUCAAUUAAGGUGAGUCUUCGUCGCUGA